CAACUAUCAGAGGAACUACCUGCACAGGUCUGUGGACGGAAAGAAGAAACGGCUAUCACCAUGAAAAGCAUCCACUCCCUGGCUGGCAUCCUCCUGGUCCUCGGCUUAGUUCAGAGCAGCUGGCAGGUUCCUCUGCAAGAGGCGGACGACAGCUCAAGGUCGUUCUUUAGUUUCGAGGCAGAUGGCACGUUAGGGGACGAGCCGAGGGAGCUGUCGAACAUGAAGAGGCACUCGGAGGGAACUUUCUCCAACGACUACAGCAAAUAUCUGGAGGACAGGAAGGCGCAGGACUUUGUUCGGUGGCUGAUGAACAACAAGAGGAGCGGGUCAGUGGCUGCAGAAAAGCGCCAUGCAGACGGGACCUUCACCAGCGACGUGAGCUCCUACCUCAAGGACCAGGCAAUCAAAGACUUUGUUGCCAGGCUCAAGUCUGGACAAGUCAGAAGAGAAUCUGAAAAGGACAGGUGGGGUGAAACGUUCAGCAGGAGGCAUGUAGAUGGAAGCUUCACCAGCGAUGUGAACAAGGUGCUCGACUCCAUGGCUGCGAAGGAAUAUUUACUCUGGGUCAUGACCUCCAAGCCCUCAGGGGAAAGGUAA